AUGACUUAUUUAAGUUGCUUUCAGGUUGCCAUGGGAGUCCAAAGUGUCUCAGACGCCACGGUGUGCAAAGUGUUCCCUUCAACGUUGAGCGAUGCAGCGCAAAAGUGGUACCAGAACCUCAAGGAGGGCUCUAUUACUAGUUUCAGGGAGCUCGCUAUGGCCUUCAAAACCCACUUUGCCCCGAGCAUCGAGCGAAAGAAAAGAUCCAGCGAUUUAAAGAAAUGCUUUCAAAAGCAGGGAGAAAAUUUGAAAGCUUACAUUGCUCGGUUCAAUGCCGAGGCGAUCAUGAUAGAAGACUUAAACGAUGAUACUGCCAUCGAUUCUAUGAAAGAUAACACCAGCAUGGCUUGGAAUUAUAUCAAUCUUGAUGAGGAAAGGCAGAGGAAGUUUUACGGGAUGGCUAGCCCAGUUCCCAGUAAAACGCAGAAUACUUAG